AUCUACUGAAUCAUUCCUGUGGUGGGAUUCAUCCUCUGCAGGUAUCUCACAACGAGUAACAGCCUGAAUAUAGGUCAAAGGUGGUACAUGGGCAAAGAUCAAUCACUGGCAGCCUAUUUAAGUCACUUACUGCAUUAAGUCAUGCAGUAGAGUCACCGAGUUUACACCAUCCAGCUCAAUGAUGAGGGCAUUGAUCGGAGCAGCAUGGAGCCUUCGCAGUCUGUUGAUCGUUAUUCUCACACCACUUUUAAUGCUGCCGCUUCCCCUACUCAUCAACACAAAGGUGGCUCAAUGUGCGUUUACACUGAUACUGAUGGCGGUGUUCUGGAUGACAGAGGCAUUACCUCUGUCUGUGACUGCCCUUCUUCCAGCACUUCUCUUUCCUCUCUUUGGCAUUAUGAAGUCAACACAGGUUGCAAUGAUGUAUUUUAAAGAUUUCCAUUUACUUUUGCUUGGGGUUAUCUGUCUCGCGACCUCGAUUGAGAAGUGGGGUCUGCACCGUCGAAUUGCUCUCAAACUGGUCACUUUGGUUGGAGUUAACCCUGGCAUGUUGAUGCUGGGCUUCAUGACAGGCGUUGCUUUCCUCUCCAUGUGGCUGAGUAACACCUCCACAGUGGCCAUGGUGAUGCCGAUAGCAGAAGCCGUCAUGCAGCAGGUGAUGGGUGCUGAGGGUCAGGUCUAUAGCCAGAAUGAUAAGGCAUUGAAAGGCAUCUGUAAUCCUGCACUCCAGCUGGAUGGAGAUGCUGAGAAACAGUGUGAAAAAGCCAAAGAUGAGAAAAGCAAUGGGGAAGUGCUUAAGAAAGUUGUUAUUACUGUCCCAGAGGAUGAUCAUUCUACAGAAGCUCUGCCAAGUUCUCCACUACACUCGAACUACAGAACACAUCAAGAUGAAAUGAUGUGUAAAAGUUUGUCUCUGGCCAUUGCCUACUCUGCAAGCAUCGGUGGACUGGCAACUCUGCCAGGAACAUCUUCAAAUCUAAUCUUUGCUGAAUUUAUGCAUCAAUUGUACCCAAAAUGCAAGUCCAUCAAUUUUGGAAACUGGUUUAUUUUCUGUCUGCCAGUCUGCAUUCUUGUCCUGUUCUUGUCUUGGAUAUGGAUACACUGGCUGUUUUUGGGCACUAAUUUCUGCUCCAUAAUGUCCUUCAGGAGAGGUCCUUCUGAGAGACAGAUUGCAGCAUCCAAGCAUAUCAAAGCUCAGUACAAUGCAUUGGGAAGCAUGAGCCGACAGGAGAAGAUAACUCUUGCUAUUUUCCUGCUGAUGGCAGUGCUGUGGUUUGUGAGAGAGCCGGGCUUCAUGCCAGGUUGGGCAUCUCUGUUUCCUGAUUAUCCAGGAUAUGCAACUGAUGCCACUGUAUCUCUCCUUCUGGGCAUGUUGUUCUUCAUCAUCCCUGCUAAGUGGCCCACUGCAGAUAACUAUAAUUCUAUGAUAUCAUGGAAGGAAUUCCAGGCCUGUAUGCCAUGGGAGAUCUGUCUGCUUGUGGGAGGGGGUUUUGCAUUAGCAGAGGGCACUAAGGUAUCUGGAUUAUCCACUUGGGUUGCGGAUCUGAUGAGUCCAUUGGGGAGUCUGCCUGUACUGGCCAUUGUCGCUAUUGCAUGUCUGAUUGUCACAUCCAUUACGGAAGUGGCGAGCAAUCCUGCCACCAUCACCAUCUUCCUGCCCAUACUCGCUCCUUUGGCUGAAGCCAUCAACAUCAACCCCCUGUACAUGCUGAUACCAGCAACUCUUAGUGUAUCGUUUUCCUUCUUGCUUCCUGUUUCCAAUCCUCCAAAUGCCAUUGUCUUUGCAUAUGGGCAUGUAAAAAUCAUGGAUAUGGUCAAGGCAGGAUUGGGCUUGAAUGUCAUUGGUGUUCUUUCAGUGCUAUUGGCUAUCAGUACAUGGGGAAGACCAAUCUUUGCUCUGGAUUCUUAUCCUGACUGGGCUCCUGUAUAUGGCAUAACAAAUACAACUGGUUUCUAAUCUAUCACAGUUUACUGCAGUGUCUAAUGUAAAGAAGGAUGAAAAGCGUACAUAAUUGUUGUAUCUUUGUUAAUGUGCUCUGUAUUUAUCUGUGUAGUAAAUGUAAAAAAGCACUAUGUAUAUAACUUUAAUUCACCAGUGACGGUAUCCCCGUGUUUUGUAACAUUGUUCCCUUAGCACACUGUAGAGUAUUGUGUAAAUGAGAUAAAUAUGUGUUUUAUAGCUAUUUUGUAUUGAAGAUACUUUAAUAAAUUCUAAUAUAUAUAUAUAUACAGUCAAGCCGAAAUUAUUCAUACCCCUGGCAAAUUCUGACUUAAAGUUACUUUUAGAAAUGACACACGCGUCUCCCAUAAGAUAAUUAGAAGAUGUACAAGAGGCAUCAUUGUGUGGGAAAAAAAUAAAAUUCAUACCCUUCUCAAUAGUCAAUAGAAAA